UUAAGGACAUCUGAAAACUAUUACGAAUGCAAUUUUUAUUAUUUUUGAGUCAUGAUUUUAGUUUACGUUUGAUUUUUGUUGAUAAAACACGUGAAAUAAAAUACAAAAAUUAAAGCAAUAUAAAAAUGGAGAAAAUUACUUCGUGUGAUGUGUAAAAAAUCUCCGCUUUCAAUUAAAUAAUUUAAAACUGUAGCUUGCAUUUAUCGAUUAUCAAAUCAAGAACCAUUAAAGAUGAUUAAGCUUUUUGAGAUUGUUUUUAUAUCUUAUUACGUUUUGUUUGUGUCUACACUUGAACUAACAGGAGAUCACGUUUGCUAUCGUGAAGAGAAUUACACAGAGAUAGUUAAUUUAACUACAUCCGUACCAGUUCAAGUUCGUAAAAACUUUUGGUGUUUGGAGAAAAUUCGCUGUUCUGAACUUCAACCAGAUAUUCAGGAAAUAGUUCGUAACGAGAACAUAACAAAAACUCGAACUGUUGAAUUCUGUUGUCCCGAUUAUCAAGAGACUGAAUCGCAUGGUGUGAGAUUGUGUAAUCCCUUCUGUGCCAAAGGAUGUGUUAAUGGAUAUUGUGACACUCCAGGGAAGUGUGAAUGUCAUGAUGGUUUUAUGGGUGAACUUUGUGACAAAAAAUGUCCAUCAGGUCAAUACGGAAAAAAUUGCGAUUUUCAUUGCAAAUGUGGAAAACUCGAAUGUCAUCCACAAACUGGAGAAUGUUUGAGGGAAGAAGAAUCAAUUGAAGUAAAUAAAACAAUUAUCGAUUCUGACUCAUUCAAUGCAUCGAUUAUAAAUUCAACUGAACACAAUCCCUAUGAACAUUAUAAAGGUGAAUAUGGAAAGCAGUUUAAUCAUUAUCUGAAAAUGAGUGUCAAUGAAUCGAAUGUGCAACAAAGCAUCGAUAAAAUUAUUGACAUGGAAGUGAGACUUGCAACUGAAGGUCGUCAUCAGCAAGGAAGUUUAGAUAAAGACGAAUACAUUGUAUAUGAAGUUGAUGGAAAUGAAUCUGAUGCUUUUCAACUUCCAAAACAUUCCAUCGAACAAGAGGCAAUGAAUUAUCAUGAAGAAAUGAUGACAAUGGUGACAGUAAAUUGCUUCAUCUUAGCUGUAAUUGUUCUUCUUAUCUUCAUUUACGUCAUCCGUAAAAUUGUUAGGAAACGAUCACGAAAUGUUGACCCCGAAUUUAACAUUCAAGAAUUUCAAAAGCCAUUGAAACUUAUUCAAGAACCUUUGCCAAUGCCACCGAUUCGAAUGACAGAAGAGAAGGUUCGCCCAAAAUUACGAAAGUCAAAGUCAGUCACGUUUGAUGAAUCGGUUGAUAUUGUUGAUGAGAUGAAUCGCGGGAGGGCAAGUAGUCUACCUGAUACUUAUGACAUACCAAGACAACCAAUAUCAAUCAUUGAUAUUUAUACUCAAUCAAAGAAGAUGAAAACAAAAAAUUCUCCGGAAGAAAUACGAAAACCUGAAUUUAAUACAUUUCCCAAGAAAAACACUUCACGACGUCAGAGCAUGGAACACAUUUAUGAUGAACUGACAAUUUCACCAGAAAUUAUUAACGUUGAAAAUGAUUUGACCGACGCUCUCUAUGGCAAUGAAGAGACAAGCACACAGCAGCUGCAAAAUAUUGAGAAAUAUGGAUUGAAUACAACGAAUCGUUACAAUACAAUUUAUCCACAGCUGAGUAACGCCACAGACGCACAUUCAAACCAUUUGAAUGGAAGUGUCGGUGGAGAACAUUACAAGAUUCGCGCCGAUAAUUCAACUUUCGCUUUUCAACCCUACGACGCAACUGAAAGAUUCUUAAACACAACCAGAUCAUCGAUGUCAAGUGGAGUUUGCAUGAAAGAAGUUCCCACUGCUUCGUUACAAAGGCAAGGUGAAGUGUUUGUUGCAGGAAACGGCUCUGACCCAACGCUAUCACGAAUUCAAGUUUGCUGCGAAGGUUAUCAGCGAAAUAUUCAUAAUUUUAGAAAAUGUGAUCCGAUCUGCAAGAAAGAAUGUGUGAAUGGAUUUUGUGCAGCGCCUGAAACUUGUGUUUGCUAUCCUGAUCAUGUUGUUAAUCUGGGUGGUUUUUGUAUACCAACUUGUCCCAUUGGUUGUGGUAAUGGCUUUUGCAAUGGCAAUGUUUGUACAUGCAAAGAUGGUUUCACUCUCGAACCGAGUAAGAAGUUUUGCGUUCCGAUAUGUUCGAAUGGAUGUCGUAAUGGAAAUUGCACAGCACCUGAGCAAUGUACAUGUAAUCAAGGCUUCUUAAUCUCGGAAUCAGGAACUUGCGAUGCUGUUUGCAGCAAGGGAUGUUUAAAUGGUGAUUGCAUCUCACCAGAAGUUUGUCAAUGUCACAAAGGUUAUGAGAAAGUCAAUGAUAUUUGCCAACCGAGAUGUUCAAGAGGAUGUUUAAAUGGAAUUUGCGCUGCACCAGAAGUGUGUCAAUGCCCUGGAAACGGGUGGUCUUUAGAUUCAACUGGGACGAAAUGCGUAGCAUCAUGUGACAAAGCUUGCUUAAACGGAGUCUGUUCUGGACCAAAUCAAUGUACAUGUCGAAAUGGUUACACAUUGGACAUUUUCGAUUCAUUCCGUUGUAUUCCAAAAUGCGAUCCUCCAUGCAUCAAUGCCGUCUGUUCGGGUUCAAAUCUUUGUCUCUGCAAUCCUGGGUUUGUUAAAGAUCGAUCAGUGAAGGGAAACAACCGAUGUGUUCGAAUAUAAAUGAAGCUUCUUAAUGUUCUUUUUCUAGGAAGACAAUUAUUGCAAAUAUAAACAACAAUAAAAAAUUAUCAACCGCU